UUUUUUAACGUGUAUUUAUUUUUGAGACAGAGAGAGACAGAGCAUGAACGGGGGAGGGUCAGAGAGAGGGAGACACAGAAUCUGAAACAGGCUCCAGGCUCUGAGCUGUCAGCACAGAGCCCGACGCAGGGCUCGAACUCACGGACUGCGAGAUCAUGACCUGAGCCGAAGUCGGCCGCUUAACCGACUGAGCCACCCAGGCGCCCCUGUCUUUUUAUUUUUAAGUAGGCUCUGGACUGGGUGCAGAGCCCAAUGUGGGGCUUAAACUCAUACUCACAACCCUGUGAUAAAGACUUGAGUUGAGAUAAGAGCUGGACGCUUAACUGACUGAGCUAUCCGGGUGCCCCUGUCUUUCUCUGUCGUAUUUUACUUAGCAUAAUACCUUUUUGGUCUAUUCAUGUUGUCAUAAAUGGCAGCAUCUUGUUCUUUUUUAUGGCAGAGUAAUAUUCCAGUGUGUGUGUGUGUGUGUGUGUGUGUGUGUGUGUUGUGUGUGUGUGUGUUGUGUGUGUGUGUAUACAUACACAUUGCAUCUUCUUUAUCCAUUCCUAUGUUGAUGGACUCUUAGGUUGCUUCCACAUCUUGGCUAUCAUAAAUAAUGCUGCAGUAUACAUAGGGGUGCAUAUAUCUUUUUCAAUUAGUGUUUUUGUUUUCUUGGGGUAAAUACUCAGUAGUGAAAUACUGGAUCAUAUGCCAUUUCUAUUUUUAAUUUUUUGCGAAGCCUUCAUACUGUUUUCUACAGUGGACGCACCAGUUUGCAUUCUCACCAACAGUGUAAUGAAGAACGUUCCUUUUUUCUCCACAACCUCGCCAACACUGUUGUUUCUUGUGUUAUUGAUUUUAGCCAUUCUGACAGGUGUGAGAUGAUAUCUCAUUGUAGUUUUGAUUUGCAUUUCUCUAAUGCCUAGUGAUGUUGAACAGCUUUUCAUGGUUCGGUUGGCCAUCUGUAUGUCUUCUUUGGAGAAAUCUCUAUUCUAUUUUUAUUAUUUUUAAAUCACUCUAUUUCUAGAGUAGAAAAUGAGUGACAGUGGAGCAAGAGACAAUGAGGAUCCAUGGCUUGAGUGGCCACUGAAAUGAUUCAGGCAGAUCAGUUAUGCUGUGAUGAUAGCUUGGACUCGGGUGGUGGAGGUGGAGACAAGAUGAUGUUAAGGAAGUAAAUUAAAGACAACUUGAUGGUAGAUUGGCUGAGAGGGUGAGAAGGAGGUGGCAAGAAUAUCUCCCAGAGUUCUGGUGUCCACAGCCUGGUGUGAUUGCCUACGCUGAGAGAUCCCCAGAAGAGCAUCAGUUUUUGGGAAACACAGGUCAUGAGCUUACUUUUAGACAUGACACAUUUAAGAUGGUUUCAAAUAUCCAAGAAGAGAUGCCAGGUAGGCAAUUGGACCUACAGGUGUAGAGCUGAGAAAUGAGGCCUAGGUUAAAAAACACAAAAUUGUGUUAUUUGUGUAUUGGUGACAGCCAAGUACAUGGAUGUUGAUUCAGAACUUCCCGAGGCCCCACCAGUGUGCCAUGCAAUGUGCUGAGAUAGAACAUACGUGUGUUAAGAUAUUGGUUAUCAUCAGUCCUUGGAACAGCAGAAGGCUUUAGGCCAGAGGCCUCCAUCUCUGAGUACCUAUAAAAAUAUUGUCAUGUUCUCUGUGUACCAAAAUGCACAAAAGUUUGGGAGACUAUCUAUGAGACCGCUUAGGGAGAAAAAAAACAAAGUAAAAAGAAGAGAGAGCCUAGGGUAAAGCUUUGAGAUACUCCGACAUUCAAUGACUAGUUAGAGGAAGAUGAACCUCCGAGAAGACUGAUAAGUAGCUUCCAGGCAGGUAGGAGGAAAACCCAAAGACUCUCAUAUCACAGAAUCAAGGAGAAGAGACCACUUCAAGAAAGGAGUAGUCGAACAUGUCCAAAGCUGCAAGAAAGAACAAAUAGAUAAGGGCUAAAAAUGUCUUUUGAACUUAGUGUCAUGGAGGUCAUUAGUAACCUCAGUGAUAAUUGUUUAUACGUGUUUAUAUUCAAGUCCUUUUUAAAGAAUUGAAAAAUUAUUCAUUUCCACCUGAUCUAAUAUUCUAAUGUACAUUUAUUUUAAUUGUAAGAUCCCUUCAAGGUGACUUAACUUCAGGGAAGAGGCCAAUUCUUUAUUCUGAAACACACGUAGAUUUCGUAUGAAAUCGGAACUCCCCCCUCCAUAUACAGCCAUCGCCAGUCCUGAUGCCACUGGUAUUCCAGUAAUUAACUGCCGCGUGUGCCAGUCUCUCAUCAACUUGGAUGGCAAGCUUCACCAGCAUGUGGUUAAGUGCACGGUUUGCAAUGAAGCUACGCCAAUCAAAAACCCCCCAACAGGGAAGAAAUAUGUUAGAUGCCCUUGUAAUUGUCUCCUCAUUUGUAAGGACACAUCUCGGCGAAUAGGAUGUCCGAGACCUAACUGUAGACGCAUAAUUAACCUUGGACCAGUAAUGCUUAUUUCUGAAGAACAACCAGCUCAACCUGCAUUGCCAGUCCAACCAGAAGGUACAAGGGUCGUGUGUGGGCAUUGUGGAAACACAUUCCUGUGGAUGGAACUGAGGUUCAACACUCUGGCAAAAUGCCCACACUGCAAAAAAAUUUCUUCAGUGGGUAGUGCGCUCCCACGAAGACGCUGCUGUGCAUAUAUUACCAUUGGAAUGAUCUGUAUUUUCAUUGGAGUUGGAUUAACUGUUGGCACCCAAGACUUUGCAAGGCGAUUUCAUGCAACCUAUGUUUCUUGGGCAAUUGCUUAUCUCUUAGGUUUGAUCUGUCUUAUCCGAGCUUGUUACUGGGGAGCCAUAAGAGUGAGUUAUCCAGAACAUAGUUUUGCGUAAGCUCACUUAUGAUUCAGUGAUGCAGGUGAGAGUAUCUAGCAGUUCUUGAUAAGCUACUCUGGACAUCUUUAAAUCAUGUAUCCUAAUGGAUCCCAUUCUGGUUUAUGUAUAAAGUUUCAAGACUUUGCGAGUAUUUUAUGAACAAAUGCUCAUUGCACUACAUUAUAUGCAAAUAGUUUGUUUUGCUGCUAGGGUUUCAAGCUCCGAAUAAUAAAACUGUGUCUUCAUGUUCUUUUACAUCUCUUAAAGGUAUUUUUGGAUUUGUCACCAAACAUUACAUAUAACAUCACCCUUUCAUUAUUUUUAAAUCGGUUCUUCCAUUACUUGCUGAUCUGUGAGUAUUCCCAAGGAGUAUUUAUAAAUGUUUCUACAAUAGCUUCACAUUUAUACUCACGUUUUAAUUAAACAGUGUCAAAAUUGCUUGCUUUAAAAUCUAAGCAAUAUGCAUUUUGCUUGAACUGCUUACUGUAACUUUAACCUAAGAUCAUAGUGACCUUAUUCAGGAAAAACAAUUGAGUGUACCUUCAAAGACUUGACAUUCUUGUCAGAUAAAAACCAUUUCUAGAUACUGUAUGCUUGUUUUUUGUUGUUUGUAGAAAGAUACAAUAUUUUGGUAGUAACUUAAAAUACAAGAAUGAAAAUAUUUAUUUGUCCACAGUUGGAGAUAAUGUUGGAUAAAUGUUUUUUCUCAAAGA